ACCGCCUUCCGGUUACUGUUGCUAAGCAACUUGAAACAACACCGUGAUCUGUGGGCUAUUCCAACCAAACGCAGCAGAGUAUGUGUGCAGGUAGGACUGUGGAAGGUGCAGGAUGUGUAACCUGGUGGGGGUUCAGCCCUGCGCUAGACCUCCUCAAUGUAGGCCCAAGAAGACCGCAAGGGAAACAGAACAUUUUACUGGUGGGUAGUGGAGACCCCCGGCACAUUCUCAAAACCAUUGCUGGCCUGAAAGACACUGACACUCUGCAUGUGUGGGUGGUGGAGAACAGUCUGGAGAUAGUGGCUCGGCAACUUUUGCUCCUGUCUCUGGCUCUCUCUCCCCAGCACAGCAUGGGGCUCCACGAAAAGACGGAAGUGUUCUUGGAAGUGUUUGGGAACAGUGAGAUCCGCUGUCAGUCGGAGCAGAUACUUAAACGAACAGCGUCGCAGCUCUCUUCGGCUGUCACAGACACACUGAACUCUUCCCCCAACCCAUGCCUGGACACCACAAUGCUCAAGUUUAAGGACAGAGAUGAACUGGACAGGAUAUUCAAGCAAUGGAUCCACCCGCCCCCCUGUCAGCCCAUGUCAAAACUUUGGGACAGUCGAGUCCGUCACCACUUGGGCACCCGAUAUGACUCGAGACUGGGGUGCUUUGACUGGGAUCUCAACAUGAAACUGCAUCAGAUGGGUUGUGGCGUUAUUAGCAAACAGCAGUACGUCAGAUGGAGGGAAACGGGGGUGGCUUUUGAGAUGAGGGAGGGCCUUUAUCAAACCACCAAUCACAGCUUGCUCUCUACACGCAUAUUCAAUCGUAGGGGUGACAGGCUAGGAAUUCGAGGGUACUGGGGAGACAUUGUGUCUAGCCCCUAUCUUUCCUUUGGUAUUGAAACGGACAACAAGGCUCUACUCCAGAUACAGAAUGGGAAACACACCAAGACAGCCCAGGAUGUCUCCUAUCACAAUGUUCAGGAGCUGUUCCAGGCUCUCGCCUGCAGGAGUGACGUGCCCUCCAAUCAGCAAGGCACCCAGGAAAGACAGGGGCAAGACCCCUCGGCCAAUCAUAGAACCUCAUCACGUCUGCCAGAGGCCAGUCAGAGAUCUCCUGAUAAUGAGCUCUUGUGCUUAGACGGAGUGAAUGUGACUUUUCUGCCUGUGGACGCACUGUCAAAACUCCCAAACAAACAGAGGUUCUCCCGUCUCUUCAACACUAUAUAUUGUUCGGCCAGCUUGGUUCACCAGCUGGGUCCCUCGCUGAGACAGGUCACAGCCCCUGAUGCUGUUCUUGUGGUGGAGCUGGCCAAGUACUUGCUGGAACUUUCAAAGGAUCAAGUUAAGGGAUUUGCAGAGAAGGUGGAUGACAUUACCCGAGAGGCAGGGUUUGAGUCUGCAAAUGCAGAAAAGAGUGAUGUAUACUCAACAUACACACUACAAAAGGAGUGACAUCCCAUUCCUGUCCACUGCAUUGCACUCAAUUUCCAACCUCAUAUUAUUAUUAUUAUUAUUAUUAUUAUUAUUAUUAUUAUUAUUAUAUUAAUUGGUACCCUAAUCCUUAUCCUCCAGUUCCAUACCAGAUCUCCAUGCAUUAAUGAAACUGUGUGCGCAUGCAAAUGUCCAGUAUUCUGCUACCUACUGCUGGGAUAUUGACUCAGUCAAUGAAAUAAGCCGUUUUAUAUAAAGAAACAUUUCACAUAAACAGUUCCCAUGUGUGUUCAUGACUGCAAAUCAAGAAAAUGUCUAUUUUAUCUUCCAGAGCACAUAAAAUAAUGUUCAUUAGAAAUA